UAACGAUACUGUUUUCUGUUAUCUUACUUGCACGGAUGGACUGUGAAUAAGACAGAAGGUGCCAACCGUUGUUGCAACAUGGCCUCUUUUCCAUACUCCAUCUUCAAGAGAGGCUGGCGUCGCCAGGAAGACGCAGAGAUCUGCGAUAAUGGUAUGCAUCUUCCACUGCCUGUGUCGCAAAUGAGCGACAGCAUAUCCGCAGCGAACAGCCGACGGAGCACGCGCGAUGAUAACGGACAAAAGUUCCGACUAUUGGAUAAACGGCAGGCAUCAAAGGGGAUUGUCCGCUUCGGCCUUCCAGCUGGGGGCUGGUAUCUGUACUGGACGGACAUCUUCCACACGCUGCUUAAUAUGCCCCGCUACCGCUUCCUGCUGGUCUUCUUCAGCGUGUACCUAACGGAGUACCUCAUCUUCGCCUUGCUCUACCUGACCCAGUCGGGCGCGUGUGUGCACGGCAGCCUGCGCUUCUCACAUGCCAUGUGGUUCUCGGUGCAGACGGCCGCAACACUAGGCUACACGGGUGACCUGCAGCCCAACCCCGACUGCACCAGUCUCAACAUGCUCAUCGUCAUGCAGGUCAUCACUGCGGCACUCAUAGACUACUGCAUGAUGGGGCUGGUGUUCGCACGGUUCGCCUCCCCCAACAAGCGCUCGCUGACCAUCCGCUUCAGCUCCUCCGCGGUGCUGUUCCAGCGGCCCGAGGACGGGCUGUGGUGCCUGUCCUUCCGCCUCGCGAACAUCCGCAAGCACAGCCUCAUCAGCCCGCAGAUAUCCCUCAUGUUAGCGCUGCCAGCAGACAGCUGCAGCAGCAGCAGCGUCGCGGGCUGCUCCGCGGGUGCCAGGACGGGACCAGCGGGCUCCAUAAAAGCUAGUGGCGGCAGCGGCAGUGGCGGUGGCGGUGUGGCGCAUUACCGGUUCCAAGAGCUCGCUAUUGAGGACUUGUCCUCUCAGGCUGCCAACCUGCGGCUAGGCUUGCAUGCGCACAUCAACCACGUCAUACGCCCCGGUAGCCCCCUGUAUGACACCUCCCUGGACUCCCUGGAAGCCCUGGGUGCCGAGGUGCUGUGCUUCAUGGAGGGGGUGGACCCCAUGACCUCCAACAACAUCCAGGGGCGCCACAGCUACGCCGCGGCGGACAUCCGCAUGAACGAGCGCUUCGAGCCCAUCCAGCUGCGGCUGCGGCGGGGCGAACUGGGGCUGGAUUUCAGCGGCUUCGACGCAACCACGGCACGGGCGCUGGCGGCGGGAGGCGCGGAUGAGGUGCGCGAGGGCGGCUUUGCCACGGUGCUCCUGCCCGUGCCUGGACCACCAACAGGCCCCCCAGCAGCGGGACCAGGCGCGACCAACUCGCCACGACCGUCCGCCCUAGUCGCCGGCGGCGGCGGCAAUCCCGGCUUGGACCUCGAGUCUGGAGGUGGCUGGUCGGCUGCGGGGUACGGCAACGCAGGCGGAGGCAUUGCCGGGGUUGCGCAUAGCCCCUACGCAACCAGCCGCGGUGCGGAUGCUGGCGCCGUCGGUUCGACUUCCGGCGGUGUGCAUACGGUGAUGGCCGCUGCUCUGUCGGGUGACAUGCGGACGCACAUGCGGGCCCUACGCGGCCAGAGCUUCCGCAGCCUCACCUCGCAGCUGCUACCCAGUGCCGCCGGAGCUUCCGCUAACCUUAACGGCAACGCCAGAAUCAGUGCCGUUGGCGGCGUGUCAACGCCGCUGUCAGCUCCCGCCAGCGCUGCUGCUGGGAACCCCUUCUUCGGUAUCGCCGCCUCCACGACACAUCCCCUGGCGCCCACGUCAGGUUUGGCUGGGGCAAGUGGACGUCCAUCUGUUGGCCCGACUUUCGGUAGUUUGUUGUCGCCUCCCGGAGGGGCUGCUGGCGGGGCUUCAGGAGGGAGUACGAGCAUGGGAGCCAGUCCUGGUGACCUGAGGGAGCUGUUAGAAGCGGUGUUGACGGAUAUGGGUUGCUCGAUUGGGGUGAAGCGGCAGGCGGCGGCGCUGAAGGAGGCGCUGAGCGCUGCGGAGCUGCGACCCAUGGGUCUGUGAUCCACAUGCGAGCCACCAAUGUGAGCGACGUCGGGACAUAUUGCAGUGUGCGUGCCUGACUAAUGAUGUGUAGAAGGGUGGGGACGAGGGCGUUUUAGGUGGGGAAGGGAAGCGCGGCUUUAUGAGGGGUUAAGGAGGCGGUUGGUAGCGUGUUAUGUAAUGUUAUGCAGGAUGCAGCGGACGUCGUGAUCUACUAUGCAACCCAAACAUCGGGUCCAGCGUGAUGCGCGUUAAGCUUACUGUGCAGUCGGCGGUGUGAUACAGGCGCAAUUAGAGUUGCCUGCCGUACGUAAUAAGCUUUUACCUAAGCCUGGUUGUUAUUAUAUGGUUUCAGUGUGAUCAUGCUGUACGGCAUCAAGGGUGAUCAUGCUGUACGGCAAGGGUGUGACCCCUCAGGUGUCCGCGUGUGCAGCCUUGCCUCCCUUACAGAGCAUGUGCCAUAAAACAUUCAUUAGUUUAGCGAGUCAAUGGACACUCGGUGCUGGACAUACG